CCUCUCCUUCACUUGUAAGGGACAAAGACUUAGUACAGAACUCAUUAAGAGAUUGACAUUUAGACUGCAACUGCCAAAGUUAAGCUUUAGACUUUAAGAAGAAGAAAGAAGAACAACCCAAAAAGAGAAGAAGAUGAUGGCUUCUCAGCGUUGGUGCAGCUUAUCUCUUUUGUUUUUCAUCUUCAUCUUUGUCAUAAGACCAUCGACGGCGAGACCGGAGAAGGAGAACCCGCUCUUGGAACUGUCGCGAGCGGAGUUUGUAGAAAUGGCUGGCUAUGGAGAAGACAAGCUCUCCUCUGUCCUUGUGACAGGUUCGGUUCUUUGUGAGGUCUUUGUGGAUGGAGACUCUGAACCUCAUACAAGGCCUGUCUCAGGUGCAACAGUAGAAGUUAAAUGCAACAGUAUAAGGCAAAAAAUGGAGGCAGAUAGCACAGCAUUGACAGACAAGUAUGGAGAUUUCGUCGUGGACCUUCCUUCCCAACUCCAUGCAAUUCCAAAUUUGGAAAAGGCAUGUACUCUGAGUGCUCUUGACCUACCAAAAACCUCUCCCUGCAACCAGGUUUUUGUAAUGAUGCCUAUAGGAAUAAGAUUAGCAUCAAUUGGUAAUGGCAUCCGCACUUACACCGCUGAAACAAUAACAUUUCGUCAGCCUCAAACUUCAGAUCUGAACAAAAAGAAAGUCUUGAAGAAAUGAUCCUUCGGUGAGGUUAGUUUGGAAGAAGAUAGAGGAUUAGACUGAGCUCAAUCAGAUGGCGCGUUCUGUCACAAUGUUGAGGUCAUGUGAUCCCAGUUCUCCAUCUUAACAAAAAUGAAUACAGAAGAGGUAUAAAAACAAGCAGCAGAUUUGUAAAUUAUAGUUACUAUCUGUUAUAUUGUGUGCAAAGAUCAUAUAGAGAUCAUACACGAGAAAAAAUUUCAUGCAUAUGGAAUGCUAUUAGAUAUUACUGUGUGAAUUUGUAUAGGCCUGAUGUUACAUACUAUAAAAUGAAGUGUGCUAUCAUUAGGCAA